ACACUACUAUAACUUCAAAUACCUCAACCAAUAUAUACGCUACUCAUGGCGGACCCAACUUCUUUUCUCUUCCUCCUUUCUAUGAUGCUGCUUUUGCUACAAUCUUACCUAUUUAGCUUUGCUAAUGCAGAAAUUCUAAACGUUACCACCGAUAAAUCUGCUCUUUUUGAAUUGAAAGCUCACAUUUCUUCUAAGGACUCUCAUCAUGUUUUGAUAAGCAACUGGUCCUCCAACACUCAUAUUUGCACUUGGGUCGGUGUUACCUGUGGUUCUAAACAUCUCCGAGUCAAAGCUUUAAACCUUUCCUACAUGGACCUGAACGAGUUCUCUGGUGCACUCCCAGAAAUAGGGAACUUAACCAUGCUUAGAGCAUUAUUCCUUUAUGAGAACAACUUUGAAGGUACAAUUCCAUCCUCGUUGUUGAAGUGUACACAGCUGCAAUAUUUAGAUAUGUGGAAUAAUAAUUUCACAGGAAGACUAUCCCCAGAAAUAGGGAAUUUAACUAUGCUUACAUACUUAUAUCUUGCCCAGAACAAGUUUGAAGGUAUGCUCAUAAUUAGUCUUGUUUUAUCGAAAUAUACAUGGUAUAUAUGCAUGAUUUAUAUAUGAUUAUAUCUGAUUAAGUACCUUUUCAAUUGAAAGCACACAAAAAUAGU